AUGCAGCUCACCCCUCUCUUCCUCGCCGCCGCUGCCUCUGGGCUCGCCGCCGCUCAGCCCGUCAACGAGAUGGGCAACUGGGACAUGAUCUACCGUCAGGCCUGGGCUUCCUCGGGCUAUAAGAGCCAGACAUUCAUUGCAAACUUCACCUCGUCUGAGUACCAAGGCAUGAACGGCCAAGUCGGCCACUGCGAGGAUAUCUACAACAAUCCCCAGGACAGCUCAGUCACCUGCUCUGAAGGUUUCAAGGCCACCAGGAAUGGAUCCACCAUCAGCGUUGAGCACACUUUGCCCAACAAGGUCACCUAUUACGGUCAGGCGGACAUUGAGAUCAAGACUGACCCUGUUGGCAAAUCUGCUGAAGGACGCGGUAUCAUCAAAGCCACUGAGGCUGUUGCUUAA